GUAGAUUGUGCAGCAGUUACACCUUGAUCGUAGGCCCGGGCGGUCGUGUCAGACGCGGGCGUGAUCAAAUAUUUUGUGCGGGUAUUUUUUUUUUGUAAUUUUAUUUUCAGUAAUUGUUUGGGAAAUUCAUUAUUCUUUUCUUGUCUGUGUUCGAAAAAUUGGAUGCGCUAACAUGGCAGCCGCUCUAAAACGCGUGGCCUCAUUGACAAGAACAUUGACAGCGUCUCGGUCAACGUUGUCAUGUCACACCUCCAAAAGUUAUUUCACCUAUUCACCUGAACCUGGUAUGCCAAUACCCGACAAACAGCCCAUUUGGACUAAAACCGCAGAUGAAGCGUUCCAAAAAGCCUGCGUACGAUCAGAUGACCUUGUGUUUGCUCAGGGUGCAGCAGCAACGCCAUUGGAGCUAUUGAGGGCUCUAACGGAUUAUGGAGUCAGUCAAAACCUGGAAAAUGUCAAGAUAGUUCACAUGCAUCUCGAGGGCGAAGCACCCUUUGCUAAACCAGAAGUUGCAAAACAUUUCAGAUCCAUGAGUGUUUUUAUGGGAGGAAAUGUUCGCGCAGCUGUCAACGAGGGUAGAGCUGACAGCAUUCCCAUCUUCCUUCAUGAAAUCCCAAAGCUUUUUAAGGAGAAAAUUUUGCAGCCACGAGUCGCUCUUAUUCAAGUCAGUGCCCCCGAUAUUCGUGGUUAUUGCUCUCUUGGUACAAGUGUAGAUUCCGUACGAUCAGCUUUGGUUAAUGCUGAAAUCAUUAUCGCGCAAGUAAACACGCACAUGCCACGGACUUUUGGCGAUGCUCUUAUCCACCAAAGCCACUUUGACUAUGCAGUUGAACACAACGUGGAGUUGCCUGUGCAUGGAGGCAAACCACCAACCAAAGUAGAGUCUCAAAUCGGUCAGCUGAUUGCGGAUAAUCUUGUUGCGGAUGGAGCCACACUGCAAAUGGGUAUAGGUAGUAUUCCUGACGCUGUUCUCUCAGCUCUUGGGGGUCAUAAAGACCUAGGAGUGCACAGCGAAAUGUUCAGUGACGGUGUAGUCGAUCUAGUCAACAAGGGAUGUAUUACAAACAACAAAAAAACAAGACACCAGGGUCGUAUUGUCGGAUCCUUCUGUGUUGGCACUAAAAAACUUUAUGAUUUCAUGCAUAAUAAUCCAUUCAUUGAAAUGUUGGUGGUCGAUUAUGUAAACGAUCCUCACAUAAUAUCGCUUCAGCCCAGAAUGACCGCUAUCAAUUCUUGCAUCGAGGUUGAUAUUACCGGGCAAAUAUGCUCGGACAGUAUCGGGACCAGGAUGUAUUCCGGCUUCGGAGGACAAGUCGAUUUUAUUCGUGGAGCUGCAAUGGGCAAAGAUGGCCAUGGCAAAGCCAUCAUUGCUUUACCAUCGGUCACAAAUAAAGGAGUCAGUAAAAUUCAGCCUGUACUCAAACUAGGUGCUGGUGUUGUAACGUCUAGAGCACACGUUCGUUACGUGGUAACCGAGCAAGGAAUCGCCAGUCUAUUCGGGAAGACUUUGCGGCAGCGGGCGCAUGCUUUGAUCAACAUCGCUCAUCCCGACCACAGAGAGUCUUUAGAAAAAUCAGCGUUCGAACGUUUAAAGUGCAUGCCGUGCCCAUAAGCAGCGGUGCACUUUUGUCACUCCAGUCUAUAAAUUAAUAUGAUAUUCGUUCCUUUUACACUGAGCUUCGUUCGCCACACUAAGAUGCGGCAACUAACGAUCAUAUUUUUUCAAACAAUCGCUCACUAUUAUCAUUUAGAUCUUGAUAGUAUACCUUAUUAUUUAGGGCCCGAGUGAUUUCACUCGAGAAUUUUAAAUCAGCUAAGUGAGCUGUUCGAUCCCGACUGAGUGCCCGUGAUUGCCAUGCAUUUGUCUCAAUUCGCCCCAUCUUCUGGUAAUACCCAGAAAUAUCUGAUUCCUCGCGGAGUGGUAUCGGACGAUCGAUUAUCCUGAAAUUAAGCAGUGGUGUUUCAACCACACUAGCUUGAUCUUAUUUUUCAGGGUUGCUGUUGCAGUUAUCAAAGUGAAAAUGUUGGGAAACACUUUAUACAUGGAACAAAAUAAAUGUUGAUGUGUAAUCAUUUUGCACAGAUAAUAAACAUCUACCGACAGCAA